UUGAGGUUAAUAGAAAUAUUGAAAGGCUUGGAGUAUGUAAUUUUCAUAUGAAUUUAGAUAAAAGAUUAGAUUUUCAUCCAUCAGGAUUAAGGUCAAAUAUUGAUCCAUCUUUUGCGAUGAUUUCUUCUAAAAGAUGUCUUUUUUGUGGUCAUUGCUUUUAUGUUUAUACUAGAGGAACAAAUUGCCAAACACAUGCUUGGAGAGUAAUAGGAAAGGAUAUUUUGUUACCAUGUCUUGCAAUAUAUACUUGCAAAAUUUUAGAUACACACGAAUCAAUAGCUUGUAAAAAAUUAGGUUUAGAAGAAGGUUAUAAUUACUCACGUUAUAUAUGUCAGACUUGUAUUAAUAAGAAUGGUGGGCAUGCUUAUAUAUCGCCUGGACAAGGAAAAAAAAGAGAAAGUUGUGAUAUAAAACAUAAAAAUGAAUAUACUUUAGGAUUGCAAACAAUAGGAAAUUGGAUUUUAGAU